AUGGCGGUUGCAUUUGCCGCCCCUGAGCCCGAACCUGAACCAGCAAAGGGUAAAUUCCGUGCCGCCCAAGUAAUUAAUGAUGAUGCCAAUGUUGAGCUGGUUGACAACGUCGACAAUGGAGAACAAUCCGACAGUGUUGAUGGUGGCAACAAGAAAGGUGAUGGCAGCAGUGGUCGUUUGUUCAUGAAGAAGUUCAUGUUGUUCAAGAACAUGUUUGGUCAGAAACAACCCGUGAUUCCCAUUAUCAUCACCGGAGGCGGUAAUGCUCCAGCCACAACCACCACUGCCACUGGUACAACUCCACCAACCACAACCAUCACCUCCACUGGUACCGUUCCCACUGCUACUGGUACCAUCUCUGUGUCUCCCACCACAACUGGAACUGGUGGCGGUACCGGUGGUACUGGAGGUACCGGCGGUACUGCUGGUGGUGCCGCUGCUGGUGGUGCUAAGAGAAAACGCCCAGUCCAACGUAUCCAAUUGAUUGGCCGCGGAUCCUAUGAGAACCAAGAUGAUGCUAAAGAAGAAGAAGAAGCUUCUGUUGUCGACAAUCAGGCUUUGGCUGCUGCCUUGGGUGCCGGUGCCGAGGAAUACAUUGUUACCGAUCAAGAAAUUAGCGGUACAUCUGAGGGUUACAAUGAUAACGGUUCUGCUCGUGUCAACUUGAGACGUCGUGGCUCCAAGAAUGGUCGUGUGGUUAGUGUUCGUAUUCCACCCAAAUAUCGUGGCUACUUCAAGAAUGGCCAACGUGUUAUCCUGAACAAUGCCAAUCGUCCCAACAAACGUCGUGUGAUUAAGAAGCGUGUCAUCAGAAAACGCAACAAGAAGAACAAGAUUGUCAAACGUCGUCGUGUUGUCGCUUAA